AUGCUUAGUAAAAAUGAUUUGUUCGGUAUUAAGGGGCGAAUGGAUGCCUAUUUACAGGACUUUCUAGCUAACAGAAACUUCCAAGUCCGUAUAGGUGGAUCCCUAUCCAGGACAUUCGCUGAACAAAACGGAGUCCCACAAGGUUCGGUACUCGCCGUUACCUUACUUCUGGUAGGAAUUAACUCCAUCUUCCAACACGUCCCGAAAGAGGUACGUAUCAAUGUGUACGCCGAUGACAUCAUCAUCCUAGUCACCGGCAAAUCCAGAAAAAGACUCCGUAACAAAAUCCAACAGGCGGCGAACGCUAUCAGUAAAUGGGCAGAUAGCAAUUCACCGGACAAAGACUUCCUAAACUGGCUCGCCUUCACCGAGUCUGGAAAAAAACCCUGGUACCAACAGGAUCUCCCCAGAAUCGACACUUCAUUGGCACUCUCCCUAGGAGCCAAACCACUACCAGCAGUUGCAAAACGAUGUUUCAACCAAAUCACAUCCGACAAGUUCAAAGGUUCAGCCUUAUUCUACACGGAUGGCUCACGGACAAACUCUGGCACCGGGCUCGGUGUCUGGGGGCCUAACACCUCCAUUCACCGCAGCCUAAACCCCAUCUGCUCGGUGUUCUCGGCGGAAGCAGCCGCCAUAUUCGAGUGUAUAAGAAUCAUCCCCCCGGGGUCUAAUGCCGUGAUCCUCUCGGACUCCUUAGCGGUAAUCACCGCUCUCGAGACGGGAGGAUCCAGGCACCCCUUUGUCCAGGCGAUUGAGACAUACUGUGGCAGUAAUGUCACGGUUUGCUGGAUCCCUGGACACAGCGGGAUCCCGGGCAAUGAAAAUGCGGAUACACUUGCGGCUAUAGGUAGGAAAAGUCGCCGGACGGCAUCUGAGGUCCCUUCAGCCGACAUAUUGACGGAUCUCAGGGCCAAACUCACCAACCACUUUGUACAACACUGGAGAGCGUCCGACGGCCUGCUGCCCAAGAUAAAGGGCGAUCUGAAAAAAUGGACAGAUCGCCCUGACCGCCGGGAACAGCGAGUACUGUCUCGGCUACGGACGGGUCAUACUCGCAUCACCCACAUUCACUAUAUCACGAGGCAACCCCCACCAAUGUGCUCCUCCUGCAACAUCCAGCUUACAGUAGAGCACAUCUUAACGAACUGUCCGGAAUUCCAAAACCUCCGAGUACAGCAUAACAUGAGCACCUCCAUCAGAAACAUCCUCUCGAAUGAUUCCUUUUACUAUAUCAUCUAUAUCAUUUCACGAACAACGCCAAAACCAAAAAGCGGCCAUCCGCCGGGGCGGGCCCCGGGGAUGUUCCCCGGGGCCGACAGCCGGAGCAACGCAGAGAGUCACCACGAACCAAACUAUCUGGAUCUGCGGUUUUUAGAACACUAG